AUGGUUGAUAUUGAAUUCAUCACGUCUGACCUUUCCAAAAUGAAGGUUUUCACCUCGGUGUCAUUGUUCUGUGGUGUUGUAUAUUUCGCCGCAAAAUUGAACAAGACAAUCAAUUCAAUAUUGGUUUUCUGCUGGGCAUGUUUUGUAAAACCAUUGAUUCAGAAAAAGAGUGUCAAGACAGGUGUAAAGAACCAGCAACAGAACUUGGAGUUGUUUUACAAGAAUCAGGCUCACAUUUAUGACACUACAAGAACUGUUUUGCUUAAGGGGAGAAAAGAGUGCCUUAGAUUGGCUACUGCACACUUGCAGAAAAAGAAGGACUUGGUUUGGAUUGAUAUUGGUGGAGGUACUGGAUCCAACAUAGAGUUUAUGAAUCAGAUCAGUAGCAUUUCCAAAAACUUUAAAGCUGUGUAUUUGGUCGACUUAUCGCCAUCUUUGUGUGAAGUUGCUAGAAACAGAUUCGCUGCUCAUGAGUGGACAAAUGUACAUGUCUUGGUUGCUGACGCUUGUGAUUUUACUAUUGAUUACAAAAGUGCUGACUUGAUUACUUUUUCGUAUUCAUUGUCCAUGAUUCCUACCUUCAACGCUGCUAUUGACAAUGCUGUGUCCAAAUUGGAUAAGCAAGGUAUUAUUGCUACUGUUGAUUUUGGUAUUCAAAGUAACGACACCUCCAUUGGAAGAGUCAAUACAUUGGGUGGAUUAGUAAAUAGAAACAUUCCUUGGAUUUUGAGAAACUUUUGGAGAAUUUGGUUUGAGGCUGACAAGGUCUUUUUAGAUUCUUCAAGAAGAAACUAUUUGGAGUACAAAUUUGGAACCAUCAAGUCAGUUAACCUGUACAACAAGACAUUGGGUAGAAUCCCGUAUUAUAUCUGGAUCGGGUGUGACAAGUCAAGAUCUUCGCAAAUCUUAACCAGAUUAAAUUGCUUGGCAACAGAGUCUCCAUAUCUCGCACCAUCUACCUCUCCAAAUGACCAUGUGACCGAAUCGGCACCAGUAUCGAAAGGACACGAAGCUGCUAUUGCCAACCUUCAAAAGAAUUUGCCAUUUCCUUCAAUCUACUACCAAAGAGAGGUCUGGAGAGUUUACUACGACGAGAUGAACCAUUUGUAUGAACAAUUCAAGAACCAGUACAUAUAUGCAUUCACGUGGGAAGAUCCUAGAGAAGAUCACAAUAUUUUAAACUUCACCAAUGAUGACACCGUUUUGGCAAUUACUUCUGCUGGUGACAAUAUCUUGAGCUAUGCCACCUUGCCAAGUCCACCGAAAAGAAUCCAUGCUGUUGAUUUAAACCCAUGCCAAAACCAUUUAUUGGAAUUGAAGUUAGCCGCAUUUAGAGCUCUCACACAAGACCAAAUUUGGCAAAUGUUUGGUGACGGGCAUAUUGACAACUUUACUAAUCUUUUGAUUGACAAAUUGGCUUCCCACAUGUCAUCAAAUGCUUUCCAAUACUGGAUGGAUAAAGGCCCUAACGCAUUUAGCGGAAAGGGUCUUUAUGACACUGGAUCGAGUAGAUGGGCCAUCAGAUUGGGAAGGAUCAUUUUCAAAGUUUGUGGUAUUUCCAAACAUGUUACUGCUUUGUGUAAUGCUUCAAGAAUUGAAGAACAAAAGAAGAUUUGGAACGAUCACAUCAAGCCUGUUUUGUUUAACCGUAUUGUGGGAUCGUUCUUGGUUGGUAACCCGAUUUUCCUUUGGAAGGCAUUGGGGGUUCCAGCAAACCAAGCCAAAAUGAUGGGACCAUCGGUUAUCAAGUACGUCAUUGAUACUUUGGAUCCAAUCAUUGAAAGGUCGUUGAUAUCCGAGGACAAUUACUUUUACUACUUGUGUUUGAUGGGCCGCUACACCAGAACCAACUGUCCCGACUACUUGACCACAAAAGGGUACAAGAGAUUAACCGGUCAAAAGUCGGUUUCAGGCGAGGUGCCCAUUGAAAACAUUAGGUUGCACACUGAUUUGUUGAAUGAUGUUUUUGCCAGAUUAAGCAACAAAUCCAUCACCAUCGCCAUUAUUAUGGACCACAUGGAUUGGUUUGAUCCAAAUGGUGUUGACGUAAUCAAUGAAAUUACCGCCAUUAAGCAGUGUCUCGUCAAGGGUGGAAGAGUUAUGUUGAGAUCGGCAGCUACUCAUCCUUGGUAUAUCAAAACAUUUGAGUCACUUGGAUUCAAAUGUGAGGCAGCAGCAAUUAGACAAUCUGGCCAGAGUAUCGAUAGGGUUAAUAUGUAUGCCUCCACCUGGGUCUGUACCAAGCUUGGUGGUGAUGAUGAAAGGAGUGGUGAUGAGAUUGCUGUAGGUGAAACUGAAAUUGCAAAAUUAGAUGCUGGUCGUCGUAGAAUGAGUAGCUUGAAAAUUUAG